GAGUUGCUGCGGAUAGCUGUGCGGCGUGAGACUGAGCUAGCCGGGGUAAUCACAGGUAGAGCUAAAUUAAGGUCACUUUUAUCUAGGAAAAAACAAGGGACUUUUGUUGGAGUGGUCAGAAAUGGUGUUUUUGACGCUGUCGUGUUGGAUCCGCAGUCGUGGACCUGACAGAUACUGGAAAGUCCAGGAAGUCCUCAAACAUGCGCGGCACUUCAAAGGCAGGAGGAACCGCUGCUACACGCUGGCGGUCAAGGCUGUCAGGAGAGCUUUCGUUUACGCCACCAAAGCUCGUAAACUUAAGAAACGGAACAUGAGGACGUUGUGGAUCACACGCAUUGCAGCGGCGACGCGAGAGCAUGGCAUGAAGUAUCCUGCCCUCAUGCACAACCUCACAAAGACCAGCGUUCAGCUCAACCGCCGUGUUCUCAGUGACCUGGCCAUCACAGAACCUCGGACCUUCCUCUCACUUGCAAAACUGGCACGGGCUCGGCAACAAGAAGGCUUCCGUGCAGCGUUGGGUGACGGCAGCGAGCCUCCUGGCGUGCUCUCCCGCGUCGUUAUGCUCCAGUAAAGGACUUGUUGCCGUUAUUUAAUUUCCACUUGGUUCAGGAUUGGAAAAGAAACAUUAUUGGAUGGUUGAUCAUUUGCAUCUGAAAAUGUAUGUCUAUAAACAUUUUAUUAAUAAGAUGCUUUGAUCAGUCACUCCAUCAGAAAACCUGUAGAUUAGGGACUUGCUGUGUGUGUUAUGGGUUGCCUGAUGAAACUGUUGAAACUCUAUUUGGAAGUGGUGCCUUUACUCUUGAGGACUUUGUUCAUUCUUUGGUUGUACUGUCCACAUGCAAUGCAUCUAUUAAAAAGAGAUUUGGCUAAUGUAAAUAAUUCCUCACUAUCAAGGUCGUUGCUGUUGAUAAUUAUUGGACUGUACUUGCAACAGUAUUGAUGAUUUAAGGAAUAGUAUUACAAUGGAGGAUAUGAUAUGAUAUGUCAUUAUUAAAUUAAAACCUUCUGUCUGUCAGUGCAACCUUGAGCGAUGAUUUGAUGCAUUGAACUUGAAUUCUUUUUUUUUAAGAGCCUGGACAUUUUCCGUGUAUAUAAAUGUUACCAUUUCUUGUGGGAUGUCUUUGAAUGUUAAAUUCAAUAAACAUUUUGAUAUAUA